AUGGCCGACGAUUUGCAAGACAUCGAGAGAAAGCUGGGCGAGGUGGUCCAGUCUUGGGGAAUAUCUGCAUUUAGCGAACGUAUAGCGUUGCAGUGGAUCAAACGUUUUAUGGGUAGUGAUACAAGUUGCGAUGCAUUGAAACACCUACGUAUGUGGAUUGUACUGCAGCUCAAUCACCGGCGCGUGCCCGACGAUUGCUCUUCAUGGCAAUUAGGAUGUCCCGAGAUGAUUCCACAGCUACGUGCAUCACCUUUGUGGAAAUGUAGCGAGUUUUCGUGGGUAAAGACUCUCGAGAAUAGCUUCUUUGUCAUUAAAGAAGAGCUUUUGGCUCUCAAAAGACGCCCCACGUCGGGAUUUCAGCCGUAUCGGGCUCCGUCUUGGGCCAGUGACAUCAAAGCGAAAGACGGACUGGGUGGCGCUGGUCACGACGCGGGAGAUUGGAACGUCUUUUACCUGUUUCUGCAUAAUAUGAACUUUCAAGCAAACCGAGAUCUGUGUCCGAAGACUAGUGCAUUGCUCGAAUCAAUUGAUGGCCAUUAUAAUCAUGCAUUUUUCUCUGCUUUAGCACCACAGACGCAUAUACGAAAGCACCACGGACCUACUAACAAGAAACUUCGUUGCCAUUUACCGCUACUAGUUCCAGAAGGGAACUGUCAUCUUCGAGUUGGAGAUCAAGUGGUGUAUGCGCAAGAAGGAAAGUGUUAUAUUUUUGACGACUCGUUUGAACACGAAGCAUGGAACGAUGACGACACAGACAGCCGAAUUGUGCUGAUUUUCGACGUGUGGCACCCGGAUUUAAGUGCCCAGGAAGUAAAGUUUUUCUCUUUUUUGCGUAACGCGCGAUUGCGAAUGGAGAAGACAAUUUGCGAAGAAUCUAGUGACAACUUCUAUUCCAUUAUUAAAAAAGCUACGGACACUUAUGCUGCUCUUCCCGGAGUCGUGUGGAACUAA